UUUAUUUUCCUUGGUUACCAAAACACCACAAACCACGAUUAUCGCCACCAUUGUUGUUGCUAUCAGCCAUCGUCCUCCCUGCCGUCGCAGUUAUCAAACAUGGACGAAGAUCCACACUCUGGUAUUGACAACAUUAUCUCGGAAUUCAACACUUACGAAGAUUUUCUUGACUCCCAAAUCACAUCCCUGGACCUUUAUUACCUGGAGGAUGAAGAACUUGCAAGACAGCUUGUUGAACUUGGUUACCGAGGAAGUGGAGAGGUUUUGAAACGGGAAGAAUUUGAUGCCAGAAAGUCAGCUGCUGAAGCUAGCAGAUUGUCCAAGCACAAACAAAAGAAGAUUCUUGUUAGUGCUGGUAAAGACCUGAAGGAUCCAUUAUUAAAGGAACUCGCCAAAAGAGAAGACGCUAAUCGAAGUGGGAAAAUUACGACGAUUAUAUUCAUUCGAGACAAGAACUUUCGAGGCCAUGAAAUGUCGGGUUAUAUAGAUUAUGCUCACAGACUGAAGACAGAAGACUUUGAGCCAUAUUUUCUUGGGAAGAAGCGUCUACAACCAAGACCAACAGAUUUAAGUUUCUACAACUGGGAGACUCAGACCUCCUCUUCUUGUCCAACACCAAACUAUCAAGUAAUUGCAGAAAAUGUUCAGGGAUUGAUGUUCAAAAAUAAAAAGGAUCGCAAGAUUAUGAAAGUUGAUCCGGGGACUUCCUGUCCUGGUGACAACACGACGAGAACUGAGAUAAAAUCUCCCAAAUACAUACAAGUUGUACUCUAUGACCACGUGACUAGACGGAAAUUAUGAAAUUUCGGUGUGUAACUGAUCGAAUGAACGAACCAAUCACCAUCACCACCACCAACCACAGCAACAACAUCAAUGACAUCAGCUACAUAAUAAUACAUGAAAUGUUUGAAUGUUCUUUAAAUGUUGGUCUUAUUGUAUAAUUUGAGUAUUUCACUGUUUAUGUUUGAUGUAAAAAUAAAAAUAAACAGUAGCCCUUGUUA